CCCAGUCUAACCCAGUCCAGACAACCGGCUUCCAGCUGGGGCUGGGGAAAGGGGGUGGAGAGGUGCGCCCCCCCCACGCCCCUUAGGGGUGGGGGGCGCGGGCUCAGAGUUUCAGGGACCCAGGAAUGCCCCCCCCCGCCAUCCCCCUCGGCAGGCGGGGGGAGGGCUCAGCCGGGAGUUUGGCAAACUCCUCCCCGCGUUGAGUCAUUCGCCUCUGGGAGGUUUAGGAAGCGGCUCCGGGUCGGUGGCCCCAGGACAGGGAAGAGCGGGCGCUAUGGGGAGCCGGACGCCAGCGUCCCCUCUCCACGCCGUGCAGCGGCGCUGGGGCCCCCGGCGCCGACUCUCGCUGCUGCCGCUGCUGUUGCUGCUGCUGCUGCUGCCGCCGCCACCCAGGGUCGGGGGCUUCAACUUGGAAGCUGAGGCCCCAGCGGUGCUCUCGGGGGCCCCGGGCUCCUUCUUCGGAUUCUCAGUGGAGUUUUACCGGCCGGGAACAGAGGGGGUCAGCGUGCUGGUGGGAGCGCCCAAGGCUAACACCAGCCAGCCAGGAGUGCUGCAGGGUGGUGCUGUCUACCUCUGUCCUUGGGGCACCAGACACACAAACUGCACCCCCAUUGAAUUUGACCGCAAAGGCUCUCGGCUCCUGGAGUCCUCACUGUCCAGCUCAGAGGGAGAGGAGCCUGUGGAGUACAAGUCCUUGCAGUGGUUCGGGGCAACAGUUCGAGCCCACGGCUCCUCCAUCUUGGCAUGCGCUCCACUGUACAGCUGGCGCACAGAGAAGGAGCCACUGAGCGACCCCGUGGGCACCUGCUACCUCUCCACAGAUAACUUCACCCGAAUUCUGGAGUAUGCACCUUGCCGCUCAGAUUUCAGCUGGGCAGCAGGACAGGGUUACUGCCAAGGAGGCUUCAGUGCCGAGUUCACCAAGACUGGCCGUGUGGUUUUAGGUGGACCAGGAAGCUAUUUCUGGCAAGGCCAGAUCCUGUCUGCCACUCAGGAGCAGAUUGCAGAAUCGUAUUACCCCGAGUACCUGAUCAACCUGGUUCAAGGGCAGCUGCAGACUCGUCAGGCCAGUUCCAUCUAUGACGACAGCUACCUAGGAUAUUCCGUGGCCGUGGGUGAAUUCAGUGGUGACGACACAGAAGACUUUGUUGCUGGUGUGCCCAAAGGAAACCUCACUUACGGCUAUGUCACCAUCCUUAAUGGCUCAGACAUCCGAUCCCUCUACAACUUCUCAGGAGAACAGAUGGCCUCCUACUUCGGCUAUGCAGUGGCUGCCACAGACGUCAAUGGGGACGGGCUGGAUGACUUGCUGGUGGGGGCACCCCUGCUCAUGGAGCGGACCCCUGAUGGGAGGCCUCAGGAGGUGGGCAGGGUCUACGUCUACCUACAGCACCCAGCUGGCAUAGAGCCCAUGCCCACUCUUACCCUCACUGGCCAUGAUGAGUUUGGCCGAUUUGGCAGCUCCUUGACCCCCCUGGGGGAUCUGGACCAGGAUGGCUACAAUGAUGUGGCCAUCGGGGCUCCUUUUGGUGGGGAGACUCAGCAGGGAGUAGUGUUUGUAUUCCCUGGGGGCCCAGGAGGGCUGGGCUCUAAGCCUUCCCAGGUUCUGCAGCCCCUGUGGGCAGCCAGCCACACCCCAGAUUUCUUUGGUUCUGCCCUUCGAGGAGGUCGGGACCUGGAUGGCAACGGAUAUCCUGAUCUGAUUGUGGGGUCCUUUGGUGUAGACAAGGCCGUGGUAUACAGGGGCCGCCCCAUCGUGUCUGCCAGUGCCUCCCUCACCAUCUUCCCUGCCAUGUUCAACCCGGAGGAGCGCAGCUGCAGCUUAGAGGGGAACCCUGUGUCCUGCAUCAACCUUAGCUUCUGCCUCAAUGCUUCUGGAAAACACGUCCCUGACUCCAUUGGCUUCACAGUGGAACUUCAGCUGGACUGGCAGAAGCAGAAGGGAGGGGUACGGCGGGCACUGUUCCUGGCCUCCAGGCAGGCAACCCUGACCCAGACCCUGCUCAUCCAGAACGGGGCUCGAGACGAUUGCAGAGAGAUGAAGAUCUACCUCCGGAACGAGUCAGAAUUUCGAGACAAACUCUCCCCAAUUCACAUCGCUCUCAACUUCUCCUUGGACCCCCAAGCCCCGGUGGACAGCCACGGCCUCAGGCCAGCUCUACAUUAUCAGAGCAAGAGCCGGAUAGAGGACAAGGCCCAGAUCCUGCUGGACUGUGGAGAAGACAACAUCUGUGUGCCUGACCUGCAGCUGGAAGUAUUUGGGGAGCAGCGCCAUGUGUACCUGGGUGACAAGAACGCCCUGAACCUCACUUUCCACGCCCAGAAUGUGGGUGAGGGCGGUGCCUAUGAGGCUGAGCUUCGGGUCACGGCCCCUCCAGAGGCUGAGUACUCAGGACUCGUCAGACACCCAGGGAACUUCUCCAGCCUGAGCUGUGACUACUUUGCUGUGAACGAGAGCCGCCUGCUGGUGUGUGACCUGGGCAACCCCAUGAAGGCAGGAGCCAGUCUGUGGGGUGGACUUCGGUUCACAGUCCCCCAUCUCCGGGACACUAAGAAAACCAUCCAGUUUGACUUCCAGAUCCUCAGCAAGAAUCUCAACAACUCACAAAGCGACGUGGUUUCCUUCCGGCUCUCCGUGGAGGCUAAGGCCCAGGUCACCCUGAACGGUGUCUCCAAGCCUGAGGCAGUGCUAUUCCCAGUAAGCGAGUGGCACCCCCGAGACCGGCCGCAGAAGGAGGAAGACGUGGGACCCGCUGUCCACCAUGUCUACGAGCUCAUCAACCAGGGCCCCAGCUCCAUCAGCCAGGGCGUGCUGGAGCUCAGCUGUCCCCAGGCUCUGGAAGGUCAACAGCUCCUGUAUGUGACCAAAUUUACAGGACUCAACUGCACCCCCAGUCACCCCAUUAACCCAAAGGACCUGGAGUUGGUUCCCGAGGGUUCCCUGCACCACCAGCAGAAACGGGAAGCUCCAAGCCGCAGCUCGGCUUCCUCGGGACCUCAGAUCCUGAAAUGUCCGGAGGCCGAGUGUCUCAGGCUGCGCUGCGAGCUGGGGCCCCUGCACCAACAAGAGAGCAAAAGUCUGCAGUUGCAUUUCCGAGUCUGGGCCAAGACCUUCUUGCAGAGGAAGCACCAGCCAUUCAGCCUGCAGUGUGAGGCUGUGUACAAAGCCCUGAAGAUGCCCUAUCGAAUCCUGCCUCGGCAGCUGCCCCAAAAGGAACGUCAGGUGGCCACAGCUGUGCAGUGGACCAAGGCAGAAGGCAGCUAUGGCGUCCCACUGUGGAUCAUUAUCCUAGCCAUCCUCUUUGGCCUCCUGCUCCUGGGUCUCCUCAUCUACAUCCUCUACAAGCUCGGAUUCUUCAAACGCUCCCUCCCAUACGGCACUGCCAUGGAAAAAGCUCAGCUCAAGCCUCCAGCCACCUCUGAUGCCUGAGUCCUUCUAAUCUCAGACUCCCAAUCCUGAAGACCAGUCCCCCGACCCUCAUUCUACUGAAAGGGAGGGGAUUGGGUACUUCCUGAAGGUGCUGAGGGCCAGGGAGAAGCUCCUCUCCCCAGCCCAGAGACAUACUUGAAGGGCCAGAGCCAGGGGGGUGAGGAUCUGGGGAUCCCUCCCCCCCAUGCACUGUGAAGGACCCUUGUUUACACAUACCCUCUUCAUGGAUGGGGGAACUCAGAUCAUCCAGGGACAGAGGCCCCAGCCUCCCUGAAGCCUUUGCAUUUUGGAGAGAAUUUCCUGAAACAACUUGCAGAGCUAACUAGGAAUCCAUUCGCAGUUCUUUGGGCCAGACAUGCCACAAGGAACUCCUGUCCAGCUCCAACCUGCAAAGAUCUGUCCUCAGCCUUGCCAGAGAUCCAAAAGAAGCUAAGAACUUAGAACUUGGAGACUAAGACCUGGCAGCUCUGGACAGCCCCACCCUGGUGGGCCAACAAGGAACACUAACUAUGGAUGGUGCCCCAGGACCAGCUCAGGACAGAUGCCACACAAGGAUAGAUGCUGGCCCAGAACCCAGCUCCAAGAGGAAUCCGAACUCUAAUGGGGCCAGAUCCAGCCUGUGGUCUGGAGUUGAUCUGGAACCCAGACUCAGACAUUGGCAACCUAACCCCAGCAGAUCCAGGACUGUAUUUGGGCCUGCUCCAGACCUGAUCCUGGAGGCCCAGUUCACCCUGAUUUAGGAGAAGCCAGGAAUUGCCCAGGACCAUGAAGGAGCCAUGAUGGCAACAGAUCUGGAACCUCAGCCUGGCCAGACACAGGCCCUCCCUGUUCCCCAGAGAAAGGGGAGCCCACUGUCCUGGGCCUGCAGAAUUUGGGUUCUGCCUGCCAGCUGCACUGAUGCUGCCCCUCCUCUCUCUGCCCAACCCUUCCCUCACCUUGGCGCCAGACACCCAGGACUUAUUUAAACUCUGUUGCAAGUGCAAUAAAUCUGACCCAGUGCCCCCACUGACCAGAACUAGA